GGUGCCGUGUGGCAUGCAUAGGCGCACUUUUACAAAGCUACUGCGUUUUACGUAAACAAUAUAAACUUGUGCUUAGAAGAUUAAUAUCAAAUAUCAACCAUCGCGAUCAUUUGGUGUGGGAAAAUAUUCGUCAUUCGCGCAAGAACUUACAUCGCUGCACAACGAAAAUAACGUCGUGAAGAGUACGCGACAAAAUAUGGGCGCGAGUCGUUCGGUGUGAGACUUGUAUGUUCUUCAGGUGUUCUCAUCCCACGUCGUAGCACUCCAAGUACAUCGGUAAACAUUGUUUCGGCAUCCUAUUUACACGUGAUUUUUGCAGGUAACGAAACCUCUGAUCUUCUCCCGGUAAGUCUCGAUAAAUCCGACUUCUUUAAGAGGGAUAAGAGGUUAGGGAGAGAAUGUCAUUAAAUGUGUCACUUGUAACGAAUAUCGGUUAAAAAGUUGCGGCAACAUCAAAGGUACGUGGAAAGACAAUGAUUUUCGUUGUCUCGAGAUCGCAAAGCCGCCGAAAUCAAUCGCGAACUCGGGAGGGAACUCUCAUCGGUUAAAUCGAUGCAGAGAUGUGCAUUCUUGAUGGUAUUGUAUGCAAGCACGCAUUGUUAGAUUGCCAAAGACUAUCUGGUGCCAACUUAAAUUUGCACAAAUCUAUCGAGACGAUAUCAAGAUAUCACAGUAGAAAGUGUGAUGAGUUACCGAGGUUUCGGACGGGGAAGGGGUUAUGGACCAGGCGUACGUGCCAAAGGUCCAUUUAUAAGACCUUUCCCACCUUUCCGACAUAUGGGUCCACCAAGACCAGGAUGUCCUCCUGCGCUAUUCAUGCCCAGGAUCCCAAACAAUUUUUACCAGCAUCAAUUACGCGGUAAUCCACAAUUUAGGCCUCGUGGUAGAGGAAGAAAGUUUUACAAUUAUGAUGAUAAUUUUGCUGGUCCAAACAAACUGCCUAUAAAUCCAGAUUUUAAGGAGGAUGUCAUACUUCCACCACCAGUACUAACACCGUCAAACAUCCAAAAUUUAGAGAAUAGUGAAAUUGAUUGUAUGCCAGAAUUUGUAUCUGAUGCUGAAGAAGAGCAACAGCAGAUUGUAAGCGAAAUGGCAGGUCAGUUAGAGCAAAGAGCAUGUUUUGACAGUAAUGAAGAUUGGAGUGAAGAUGUACGAUUACCAUAUGACACUGUAAAAGAUGACUACACAGAGAACGAAGAUAUCCUUGAGUUUAACAAUGAGCCACCUGAGCUCAUGAAUGUAGUAUAUAAUGAUAUAAAAGACAUUGACAGAAUAAAUAAUGAUAAUUCAGAACUUGAUGCUUCGCGACACGUGACGGAUGAACUUAGCGUCACGAACAAUAUAACUAACGAUGUAACAUUAGGGGGAAAUACAGAUGGAUCUCAACUAGAAGAAUCUAGCCAUCGAGUGACAGAUUUUGAAAAUGUGCCAGAUGAUAUUGAGUGUAUAGGAAUGGAACAGUCUCAGGAUCUAAUUCUUGAUUCCCACAAUUUAGAACAAUCAGAUCUGUGUGAGGUUAAUAAUUUUGAAAAUGAAUUGUUACAAGCAGACCUUCGAUGUCAAUAUGACAUACCUGAAGAUGACAUUAUUCAAGAUCAGUGUGAUCAGCAGGAAAAUAUCUCGAAAGAAAUUAAGACACACCUAGAGACAGAUGCCGCACAAGAACAAGACGUAUCUGAAACAUCCAUUCUACGUGACAUGCCAUUACCGUAUAAUUCAGCAGAUCAAGACACUUUGCAAGAGGAUAUAGGUGAACCAGUUGAAGAGCAAUCCAUUAUGAACUUAAGAAUUGAAGAGACUAUUUCGAGUUCCCCUGUUCGUACAAAAAAUUUAAACAGUGAUUGUCCAGUGUCACAACCUACCUCAGCCAAUACAUCAACAUCAAGUAAUACUGCGUUGCAUAAGCAGUGCCGAUUGCCGCGAAUAAAGAAAAAUCCCUUUCCCAAUGGACCACCAAAAUUAUCUCCGCACACCGAACUGCAAUUACCUGUUGAUUUUGAUCCGACUACUCCGCCACCGAUACUUUUAAAGCAAGAUCAGCCACCCACUUUGCCUUUGUUUCCAAUGUACAAUAUGCCGCCAAUAUUUAAUGUCACGGAACCACCGCCAAAUAUGAGACACGCUGUAUUCACGCCGAAUGUUAUGGCAAAUGUUCCGUCAUGGAAUAUGAAUGAAAAUCAAAUGCCUGGCACUUUUAACAAUAUGGAAAUGCACAUGGAUAUAAAUAUAGCUGCACCAUGCCCGGUGUUACCGUUAGAAAUGCCCAACCAAAGUAAUGUCUUUCUACCACCACCUCUCGAUACAAUGAAUUUCACCCCGAUGUUUACUGCUCCUUUACUGCCGAGCGGUAACCCUGGAAUUAAAACAAAUAUUCCACCAGCUUUGCCUCAUGUACAACAACCAGUGUCUGAUUACUUACCUUCAGUUUCCUUGCAGGAAGUCUUACCGUUUCCUGAUUCAAAUUUGGAUAUGAACAAAGAAGACGGAUUGGACGAUAUACAGGAAGCUAUGAAGUUUGCCAAAGAAAUGACGGAUAUGAUAGAGGAGACAGAAGAAAACUCGACUUCUAAAUGUAAAUUAGUUAGGCCUGUUAAUAUAGAAUCUAUAUCAUUGCCGCCAGGAAAGCCGCAGGACAAAAGUAAUAAAUUAAAAAAGAAAAAACAAGGUGACGCUUGUACUAAAGACAUAGUACCUGAGGAGCAAACAGUAUCGUUGGAAGAAACGGCACAAGAUUCAUGCUUGAAUUCCAACGACGAGUCGCCGACGAAAGACCCAGAUCGUCGUAAAGUAGUAUUUAACCUGAAUAAUAAAACGUUAAAAGUAAAUACCAAUUGGGAACCGAAAACUAGCCGGACAAAAAGUCAGAGGAAGAGUGGCAGAACACGCACCGAAAAAGUGAAAGACAAAAUUCUCCAGAAAGAAUCACAGACUGCGAAAACCGAGAAAAUGCCUGCAGCUCCAUCAGAAAACAGAAAAAGUGUGGAAAAUACCUUAAGGCGGCACAAAGAAAGGACGAGGAUGAACGAAGGUGACUUGGAGAAUAUGGUAUCACCCGUGAAACAAAAUACCACAGUAUCUUCCCGGAAACUAGAGAGAAAUGUGAAAAUACCUCAGCAUCCUACCAUCUUGCCUUGUCAAGUGCAGCAAUUGCUUCGGAGUCGCACAGAAAAGAAUGGGAAUCCCGUUUCGGAAGCUUCUUGGAAAAACAAGAUCGUCAAUCGAUUUUUGAAAAUGAGCAAGAACGAGAUCUAUAACAUGGUGAACAAUACUAGUCUACGGAAAUUCGAUGUAAUAAUGAAGCGUCUAGUCAAGGAGAAGAGAUCUAUGUUGUCCUUAGAAAUGCGACACGCGCAGGACGAAAAGAUGAAGCAGUACGAUCAGCAGGAAUUCGUGAAACAGUUGAACGCGAUGUUGGAACCGGGAGCGACAGUGGGUAUCACGGAUUUGCCCACGGAAUUUAUUCACCAUCUGAAUGAAGUAUUGCAACUGGACAUACCGCUGGGCAAUAAUGACGAGUUUGCGACAACGUCGAUUAAUCAAAGCAGUCAUUCAGAAGGUACGAGUAACGUCACCAAUCCUACUAUCACACAUAUUACCGAGUCCGCGAGUAAAAUAGUAGCUUCGAGUGACGUAGUCGAUCAAGAAUGCGCUAGAAGCAAAGCUUGCGUCUCGAAAGCGAGUCACGACAAAGACACACUGGCAAUAUGCAACGCUAAGAUUAACGAUUUUACUACGAAAGACGACGCUCAUAGUACUAAAUCGAACAAAUCUAGCGCUAGUAGUAAGUUAUCGGCUUUACAACAUGAUCUAGAUAAUAUAUUUUCAGAGGUGACAAGAAAAAAUCAGACUUUGACGGCGGCAGCGCGUAAAGAUUGCAGCGUGGGUGUGCGAAGUGCGUGGAAGUCCGACGACGGCGUGACUUCGAAGGACGUGCAGAAAGAAGCGCCUUGCUGGGAAGAGGACAGAGCGCGCAGGACGGAGCAUUGCGUGCGUUGGAUCGAAAAGUGCGACAAAUGGAAGAUGAAAGAGCGGGACGAUUCGCUCGCGUAUAGGAAUCUCACCAAAGAAGAAUGGGAGGCGAAGUACGGAGUGCCAGCGACUCAUGCCGAACAACUCUACGUAUUCCCUUCUACAAAUCCUCCUCCUCCUACCACUCUAACUACCGUUACUGCUGCUGCUACUACUACUACUAUUACUACUACUGCUGCUACUGCUACUACUAUUCCUCCCGCUGUGUUUACCCUUGCAAAACAGAUCGGUGUCGGUGACCAGUUUUGCAGCGACAGAAUUUCACCGAACCGAGUGUAUUUGCCGCGCCGCCGUUAUUCUUCCGAGUCCUCCAAGCAUUCGCACGCGAAGCAUAAGGCUGACAAGCACAAAGGGCACAGGCGACACAGCGACGAGAGGAAGCAAGCGGCGGAGAAUAGUGCCGAUCGUCAUAAUAAGAGUAGAAGUAGCAGCACCAGCAGUAGCAGCAGUAGCAGCAGCAGCAAGAGCAGCAGCAAAACCAGCAGUAGCGACGGUGACGACACUACUACGAACGUCACGAAGCUGCUUAGGGUGAUAAAAGAGAAGGAGAAGGUCGCCAAGAAAAUGUCGCUGAACGAGACGAUAAGGGACGAGGUGAACGCCGAGAUAGAGCGGGAGCGGAAGCAGAAGUUGAAGAAGUCGCGGAAAAGUCGUAAGAACAGCAAGUCGCGGAAAGAGAAGAAAGCCCGUCACAAGAAAAGUAAGAAGCAGAAGAAGAAGUCCCCGAGUUCCUCGGGCUCGUCCUCGCAGGAGGAGGAGGAGGAGGAGGAGGACGAAGAGGAGGAGGAAGAGGAGGAGGAGGAGGAGGAGGACGGCAACGAGCAGGGAUGCAUGAGACUGUUAACGGAGAGCGAAAUUAAGAAAGAAUUCGUGGAGGAUGAGGCCCCUAAACAGAUAAUCGUUAAAGAGGAAGCGGAUCAGCAGAACAACGUCAGAGUCUCCGAGGCUGCGAGCGCCACGAGUCAUCGCGUGAUCACGAGAAGUAAAGCAACGUUGCUGCCCGCCGAGUCUCACGGCAGACCGGAUUCCGCGUCCUCGGUGAGGGAGAUACCAGCGACGGCUGUCGAAACCAUACAGUCUUACCUCGAAGACACAUCGUCGACGGCUUCGCCGUCGCAACUCAAGACGAAGGCGCAACUGAAACAGAUGCCGGAGAUAACGAGUAUGGUCGACGUCAGAAUUUCCCCGAGCAUAGAUAGCGGCAUAUACGACAACAGCAAUAACGUCACUAGCCUGUCACAAUGUCCGGAUAAUCCGAAGAAGCUUCAUCGUCAGGCAGCGUCAUCCACCAACAUCGUCUACAGCAAGAACGGACCGGGUGAAAGCCCGGUCCCGUCGGCGACUAAUCAGGUGACAGGUCGAAAUGACACUGCUGCUGAUAACGCCGUGCAAACACCGGCAAGUGAAACUAAUGAGAAUCAAAUACAAUUAGACGCGACGUGCGCUUCUAUCGAAACGCCUGCAAACACACCGAGCGAUAAGGAGUUCUCAGCUUCCGCUGACGUAUCAAGUAAACCAUCGACGGUUGUUGCGUCAGCAACGUCGGUGCCGGUUAGCCCGACGGCGAGCGCUUCUCACAAGUACGGAAGCAAAAAGAUCGACAUUAGGACCUACUAUGAGCGUCGUAAACACCAGCCGGACGAGCCGGCGAGGAAAUCGACGGAGGGUCUCACGGCGACGCCAGUCCCGCCGAAGGCCGCGGAGGCCGACGUGAAAAUGAACAGGUCGUUGUUCGCGUCGAGUUCCAUCAAGGACCCGCGAUUGAUUUACUCCAAGAUACCGGUCGUCUCGUGCUUCAGCGAAGGCGGUAGCGCGCAGGUGACGCCGGUGACGAAUGCUCAGCCGGCGGAGUGCGUUUCUCCGCGCGGCAAUCCGAGAUAUCAGACGGCCGAGAGGUCUCGAGUUACCGAGCCGCCGGCGGUGAAACAUUCCGACGGAGGCGUUAAGAAAACCGGCCGACGCAGAUCGAAGGAUGAGAAGUCGGACGCACCAACGUCCAACGUUGCGACGUUGCCCACCGCCCUGUCGACGAGAUCCAGGAAACGUCCGGAGGUGGAGGAGAGUCUGACCGAUAAGAAGGCGCAAGGCACACUUCCGCCCGACCCGAAGAGAUUCAAGAACAUUCGGUCGGAAGGCAGCAAAGAGCUGAAGCUGAAGAAGGAAGCUGCGAAGGCGCAGAAAGCGAAGAAGCCCAAGUCGGCGUCGAAAUCUGCGAGCCCGGCUAAGACUCAACACGCGAAAGUAGAGGAGGCGGAGGACGCGAAGACGGCGCAGGAAGGGGAGGCUGACAAUACCGACGCGAGCAAAUCGAAUAAAGUAGCGGCGAGCCCUCGCGCGAGCAAAGCGAGCGACGAUAACACAGCGACGAAACUCGAUUCAAGAAACACCGAUGGUGGUGAUAACAAUAAAGAAUUACCGCGUAACACCGACGAGGAGGCGGAAGAGCGUUCCUCGAAGCUCACCGAGUCGAGAGCCGCUAAGGAAGACGUUGUCAUCGAUAAGCCGGAACGUUCGUUCGUUCAUGCAGCGCAAAAUGAGGAAGCGUGUAACGUAAGAGGCGAUAGCGCGGGUGUCGAGAUUAAAAGUAGGAAAAGUUGCGGGAAUUCCAACGCCCUGACCGAACCGACGCUCGAAAUUCACUCUGAAAGCGAGCCCUCGAGCGAUAUCGAUAAAACGUACGGGGAAAGUCUGCCGUUAUCGGGCAAGAUUCGACGGUGUAAAGUGGCGAAAGUCACGACCGAGGCUGGGGCACUGAGCGAACAGAAUCUGUUAGAAAACGCGAGUAACCCAACCUCGGCGGUGGAGCGCGACACAAGCCGCGGCAUUCCCGAGUCGGAUAUGAAUUCUCGAUUAGACGACGCUCAAGGUAAGGAAAUUCCGCUGUUGGCAGAUAAAUGUGCGAUAGAUAGCGUUGGCAUUAAUGGUACUAAUGAAAACAAUGUGAGACCAGAUGCUGCGAGUAACGCGGACGAAGGCGGUUCUCCACUCGCGAAAAGUUGCACUAAGCUGCCAACGACGCCAACGAAAAAGAAAUCCAAGCCGCCGCAAGCGGCAGAGGGAGAUGUCAGUUCUCCCGACAGCGUAGGUAGUCCGUUCAAAGGAUUUCUUCAGGAGCCCAUCAUGUCUUUCGAGCCUCCGUUCGUCGAUUUCGACAUUGACGAUAUGGAUGCCGGUAAGGAGGGCGGUUUACUCUUAGAUUGCUUUAACGCAAAUUACGUAACAGAUACCGACAAUCUCGACGAGAUUGGGAUUGAGAAGCGUCUUACGAAUUACGAGACGCUGGUAUCUGUCACUGAUUUUGCUAACGAUACGACUGUUCGCGCCGACGAGAACAGCCAUGUCAUUCUCGGCGAUGUUUUGUUACUUGCUUCAGAUAAAGCAUUCACGGCGGACGAGAAGAGCGGCGAUAUAAAGCCAGACUCGAAGGCAAACCGAGGCGGCGGAGAGAGAUCGCCGGGCAAGGUGCUCGCGCUGCGACGCGAAAGCGACGCGAAGCAGGAUCACGAGAUCGAGAAACGGGUGAUAAUAGAGCACAGAUACGCGACGAUCGCGAGAGGAUUGGAAGAGACCGCGUUUAUAAACGAGGAGGAGAUCCAGGAGGAGGAUCGGGCGAAGGAUCUGGCGAGUAAGUUGACGAGCGCGACCGACCCCAGCCUGUCCGACGCGUUGAACACGCCGGCCUCAGACGAGGCGUUGAGGUCACCGGAGAUCUCCGGUGCGGAGCAUCUCAACAACCAGAUCUACUUGGAGGCGAGCAUAUCCGAGGAGAAGAUCGACAAGCUGCCGAGCUUCGGCGCGGACGAGCACCUGGACAGCAUGUUCUACCUGGACGAUCGUCUGCAAAGCACCACCACCGCGUUCGACAACAAGGACGACGCGCCGGUGCACUUCCCCGAUCACCGGCGGAGCCCUCGCUACGACAUCGUGCCGGCGGUCUGUUUCGAGACCACGAUCGCGAAUACCGGCCCCGAGGAAUUGUCGCACGCCGGGAUUCAGAAGCCGGGCCAGAGGAAGCUCGACUUCAAGCACAUUCCGCCCGACGUCGGCUCGCCGGAAGUUAACGAUCUCUUUCGAGCGUUGGCGGACUGCCCGUCGGCCGCGAUCGACGCACCGAAAGCGUUGAACGUGCCGACCAAGGCCGCCUUGAAGGUGACCAAUCAGAGCUCUCGAGCGAGACCCCCCAAUAACACGUCGAUAUCGACCGAAAUGUUACGGAAAGCACAACAAACGCACGACUCGACCGGUCAGGCGCGGCAGGCAACAAACGUAGACGAUGCAAAAACACAGGGAGCCGAAAACAAUGCGUCGGUUGUCGCGCAGGAGCUCGCACGUGCCGGUGAAAUAUCAUCGACAGUGCGAUACGGCGCGAGCGAUGAGGCGGUUCGCGAGAACGCCGCCGCUGUUUCCUCGACGCCGGUCCUCGAUAUUGAGAAGAAGAAUCCUCGCAUUAACUUGCUGCGCACCCCGGUCGUGGAGCUGAGGAAGAUGAAGGAGCUGGACCGGCUGAUACAGAAGAAGGCGCAGAAGAAAGCGGAGAAGGAGGCGAUUUACAAGAGCCGGAAGCGCGAGAGCGCGAUCCUGCACAAGCUGGAGAGCCGGCGCAUGAAGUACCGCUCCAAGUGGCCGCACAUGAAGAACCUGGUGAAGAAGCUCAGGUUGAGGCAGUCCGAGAGGCCCGGCACCAGCGCCCGGGACGUCAUUCUGGCGAGGAUGCUGGAGAUCGACGUGCAGAUGCACGAGCUGACGAAGGAGAAGCUCAAGCUGCACGAGAUGCUGCAGAAAGACAUCGCGCCGACGGCCGGGGGUUUAGCGUCGAGCAGCGACGCGGCGCCGAGAAUCACUGAAAAUGAUGCGAACCAGAUGAUUCUCAUCCGAUCUAAAACGCCGCCUACCCUGAAGUCGCUGUUGAUACAGGAUAACGACGCCAUGAGCUGCGCGAAAGCGAGCAAACCACCGUCACCGGUGAAUCAGCCGUCGUCGGCGAGGCAGCCGUUGCCGGCGAGACAGCCGUCGGCCAAGCGAAAACGCGCCCUGUCUCACAGCUCGGAAGACGAGGAGAUCGUGCGUUACACGCAGAGGAUGAAAACACCCGUGAUCAGGUGGAAGAAGAUACCGUGGCUGGGACAGACGGUCGCGCAGGAGGACGGUGAUGAGGAGGAUCGGGAGAACGAGGAGAAAGCGACGGGGCGGACGACUCCGGCUUCGUCGCCUCGUGCGACCGAUAAGAAAACUGCUGAUAUGAAUGAAGCUUCGGUGGACGCGUCCGGGAAGCCCGAGUCGAAUUCUACGGUGAUUCCUGAGAAGCAGAUCGGUCGGUCAGCGAAGAUUGACAAAAGCGCCGGCAGCGAAAUCGCUAAAUCUCCGAAGCCCAUCGCUCGGCCGGAUAAGAGCCCGGACGAGCCGUCGAAGCCGCGAGACCCCGUCGAAACCGGGACGGGGAAUGCGGAACGUUCGAUUCGCGAGAACGACGCCGGCAAGAAGAAUGACGUUUUAACGCCGGCCGAGGCGUCGCGUGCGAGUUCUCAGUUGUCGAUCGCACACGUGCACAGCACGCCGGAGCCUGCGUCGAUUUACUCCGACGACAGCACGUGGGACUCCCUGGUGCAGAACACCGUGCUCGAGCUGCACGAGAAGAGGAAGGCGACCGGGCUCGCUCUGCUGGAGGAGACGUUCAAGAAGGAGCAGGCCCUGUCGCGAAGGUUGAAGGCGAUUGCGCGCAAACGGAAGAAGAAGCAGCUGAACGAUUUCCUGAAGAGCGUCAACAACCUGACACAGGAGGAGGAGGAGCUGCCCUUGUCCAAGUUGUACAUCAGGAAGUUGCAGCAGAAGCGAGAUCUGCUCGACUCGCUGAGCAAACGGAAGGACGAGGGGAACACCGUACAAACAGCGGCGGCGUUGGCGUUGGCUGCUAACUCGAAGAUCGUUUUAGACAACAUAGAAGAGGUGAUAAACGCUGUGGCGGAGGACAGGGUGGGGGAUCUCUACGAGGCUCAGUGCGAGGCGCAGGCUGCCGACGACGUCCCGACGACGUCCGACGUCCCCGUCGCCGCGCCGCAGCCCGACAAGCACCAAUUCUACGUCGACGCCGAGGCGAACGCCAACGCGGACUGGCCGAGCGUGGAGAAGGAAAACACGAGAAGAGAGAUCGCGUCGCAACGGCAGGACAGCAACGACACGGCCGAGGCUGACGAGCCUAACUUCGCGGCCGUGAAUCAGAACAAGGUGACCUUCUCGGACGAGCGUAACGUGGAGCCCGACAGCAGCGUCACGCCCGAGGAGACCCGUCACUUUUUGGGCGGCGCACGUUCAGUGGACCCCACCGCAAUGCGGAACUUCGACAUCAAAGUGUCCGUGCCUAAGACUUUGAUCAAAGACGACUUCAGUCUGGAGUUGCUGAAGAGGUUCGCUGACACGCAGCGCGUCGUCGCCCGAUGCAGCGAGCUGGUGGGCUCUACGACGGAUGCGUUCGGGGCCGAUCUUGGGAGGUUCAAGAAGGCGAGUCCAGAAUGCGAGCAAGUUCCGCAGGUCGCUCCGCAGACGGACAAGCCGGAGGGAGGAGACCCCGACGGAGGGGAGAGCCGGACGAAGACGCCCGAGGCAGAGCAGCGGGCGGUGGACACGAGCGACAACCAACGCAGCAUCCCGGCGUGCGAGCUGCAGAGGCAGGAGACGACCGACAGCGUGGCGAGUGCGGAGUUCGCGCCGCAGGUCGCACCGAAGCCCCCCGAGUAUUCCGACAUCACCGAGAACGAGGAGUCGGGCGACAGCGUCGUUGCCAACGCGUACGACAAGCCGGCAGCGGAAGCAGCGCCGACGAUCGAUCUGGAGCGCGACUCGACCUCCUCGGAUUUCGCCAAAGCGAGCACGGAGCGGAAGAAAUCGGUCGUCGAGUCCGAGCAGCUGUCGAACGACUCGAUCGCUUCGAGGCAAGACUACCGGGCGAGCGAGGAUAUGAAGGACGACAAGAUCAACUUCGAGAGCAACUCGCGCACGUUCGAGGAGAUCCGGAACAGCGAGCAACGCGCGGGCAGUCCUGUCUCGCUGGCAGUCGCAAGCAGCGAGAAGUCGGAGGAGUCCAACGAGAUACUCGCCGUGUGGAAACGCACUCCGGACCACACCACGUCGUCGUCCUCGUCGUCGUCCGGCCUCUCGUUCGACAAAACGGCGAGCACCACCAAGAAGCCCGUCAGCCGCAGGAGGAAGAGCAAGACGGAGCCCACGGAACUGCGGAGGAGCUCCAGGUACAACGAGAGACCCGGCAGGGAGGACGACAACUCGAACAGCAGCGCCGUGGAGUCGUACGCUCAGGAGAGAGACUCGGGGACGCGUCGCAGCAGCAAGUCGCCCACCUGGACGAUGCGUGACGAGAAGCCCGCGAACACGUUGAACGCCAGGAAGGGUCGUGCCGCGCAAAAGGCGCAGAACUCGAGCGCCCGGAAAGCCGAGACUGAGACCAGGGUGGAUAAUUUGGCCGGGAAAACGGGACUCACCGCGGAGCCCUCGGCGCCGAGGGAGAGAGGCGCGUUAACCGGCAGGAAGAGGAAGCAGCACACGCGGUGGGAAAUGAUGAACUGCAAGGUGAUGUUGGUCGACUGCAAACACACUCUUCUUCAGCCAAACACCAAUCCCGAGGCUCUGCAGAGACUCGGGAUAACCCUCGUGAAUCCUUACGUGCAGACGUACACGUCAGUGUAUCCAGAUAUUGCGAUCAUUCCCGCCGCAGUCCCGGAGAAGAGUCCCUCGUUGAAAGCCGCUGAGAAGCCGGCCGACAAAGACAAGCCCGAGAUCGAGAUCGAGAUCUUGCACGAGAAACCGAUCGCCAGGAGCACCGACGACGAUCAAGUUGAGACGUUCACCUCGCACGAAACUGACACCGACGAGCAGGAACCGGUGAGAACGCAGUACACCGUCCACAAGGGUCCUAUCUUGGACAUCAAGGUCUUCAAGAACUCGUUCCUGGCCGCGAGCGAGGACGGUAAGAUAUACAGGUACAGCCAGACGUCCAAUGGAAUACUGAAUAUCUAUAAGGGCCACAAAUCUGCUGUUACCUGUCUGCUAUUGUACAAAGAGAGCGCCGUGGACGAUGAGCUUAUGUAUUCUGGCUCUUUAGACGGCACACUACGUUGUUACAACAUAAAGACUGGUGCAUUGGUAAGGUAUCCGGCGCAGAUACACAGCCCGAUUCAGUGUAUGGACGAAGCGUGGGGGAUGAUCUUCAUUGGCACUAAAUCGGGACACGUUUCGCGAUACCAUAUCAAGGCUGGCGCGGUUAAGGGAGCUAGUAUACAGUUUUCGGACAAGUCAGUGCUUGCACUCAAAGCGACGAACGAGGGUCCGCGACGAAUCCUUAUUGUAGCAUCUCGAAAUCAUCCGAUAAGUAUACGAGAUGCGCAGACCGGCUUGUUCCUUCGUACGAUCAGCGGCCAGAAGAGUCAUACGGUUUACAGUUUAAUGCGCCAUCAUAAUUUGAUCUAUUGCGGCACGAGUAGCACGUCGAUAAACGUUUUCGAUUUCACGUUGGGUGAACAAACGAUUCAAUAUGACGCUGGCGUUGGCAUCGUAUGCAUGCGAAUUUAUAAACAAUUACUGUUUGCAGGCUGUUAUGACGGCAAUAUUUAUGUUUUCGAUACGAAGAAUCACAAACUAGUGUGCAGUAUACCCGGUCCAGGGAAUAUGUUAUUAAGUAUAGAGGUUGUAAAUAAUAAGAUUAUAGCAGGCAGUAAAGACAAGCGUUUGCAUUCGUGGCAAAUGCCACCUCAAGUGCGUGCCUUGCUCUGUAAUGUAACAUAGCACGCUUAGGAAGAAACAAUCUUUACUUCAAGAAUUAACCAAUGUCGAAAAGCGGCCAGUCAAUGCACAAUUCGUAUGAAAUGAUACCAAUGGGUAAGAUCCAUUAGACACUUCGGAGCAUUCUAGCUAUGUCUAAUAUUACAAAUAACGUCAUUAAUCCUGUAUAAAGAAAACGCUUCAAAGCCUAUAAAGCGUCUAGUGGAUUACACCCUAAAAUAUACUAGAUACGAGUGAUACCAGAGAAACGAGUAAAGCAAAAACAACCGAUUAAUAAACAUCCUUUUGAAAUUUAUAAUUACCCUACAGACGUAUCUCUGUAUAUUCCAGCUUCUUCGCUAUAAAUAGCGUUAUCCAUCAGUACUAUUAAUAACUUUCAUUAUAUUUUACGAAGUUAUUUUAUUUAUAAUUUUUAUUUCGAGCCUAAUACGACAUGCGAUGUAUAAGACGCUAAAAUAAAAUAGCUGUUUUUAAUUGUUAUAGCACGUAAAAACUAUUUAUAGUGAAGAAGGAACGACUUCGAAAUUACUUGUUACCAAUCAUGUAUGAAAUAGAAAAGAUUUACACAAAAUGAUGUGUAAAAUGUAUAUUUGUAAAAAGUUUAGAUUGAGCUGAUACAAAAAAAAAAAAGAAAAACGGAGAUUAUCACUUACGGAUCGCGAGAAUAUUCGGCAGAUUUUUACGAUUCUUUAUUCACUUAAAAGUAUUCUGACAUUCAUACGUGGAAAUUAAGCGAAUUUUGUUUUGACUGAUGUUAAAAUGAUUAAAACUGAUGAGACUGGCAUAAGUAGCAGUCAUAGGUACGUUUAAUAAUUUACAUAAAUCCCUGUUACAUAAUGUUGUUGUUCAUUAUUGUACCUCACAAAGAUCUGUUACUCUGUAUAUUCUCAAGAAACAUUGUAUCAUGUUCAUCAAUCUUCAUGUUCUUUAAUGUUUAGCAUAUUACAUAUUCACACAGAGGCCGGCAUAAUAACCUUAAUCUUUGGCUAUACAUAACCAUGUAAUAAUUAUGUAUAGUUCAAAUAUGUGAUACAUAUCGCAGUAAUAUAUACAUAUAUAUUAUAUAUGUAUUUGUGUACAUGUAUAUAAAACUGCGAUAUAUAUAUAUUAAGGCUAUUAUACAGUCUCUGCACAAUAGAAACGAAUGCAUUAGAAAUGGAAUGAAGUACAUUUCAAGUAAUAUAUUAUCAACUAUAUGCAGUAUACGAAUUGUUAUAUUUGGUUUGAAGCGUAACAGCACUUGUAAGUGAAAAUGAUGUGCCAUAUAAUCGAAUUCAAUAUAAAUAGUUCGCGAUAUAACAAUAUAACGAUACACGAUCGGAAUUUUUUAAAGAAGAUCUGAAAUUUUUACAAGUAUUCCUGAACAUCUAAAUGGGAUUACAAUAAAUUCUUUACAAAUACGUAACACACAAAUUACAAUUUUUGUAAGUACGUACAAAAUUGUACAUGAUUGCAAAAAUCAUUCGAUUUUACUGAAACUAGACGCAAAAGUUGAAUUGAGGGAGAUACAUGUACACGUUAAACUUGAUUCCAUCGCUAAUUGCAUUUCAACUUUUACUUUAUUGUGAUGUACAUUAUGUGGUAUGAUAAGCAAUCUUAUUUAUUAACAUAACAUUAUAUAAUUGACAAUAUAAUUUAAAGAGAGUCGAUACCAAAAGAAUCAACGGUAUCAGUGUUUGUCUAUAUAUGUUAUACGAAGGGGAGUCAAUUUUCGUUAUUACAUU